UUUUUUUUUUUCCCUUGCUUGCAAGAAUACACUAUCUUUUCUUUGGUCAUCGCAAGUAUACACUACCAAACAAACAUUUUAAUGAUACGGCCCCCCCUUUGUUUUAUUUUUUCAUUUUAGAAAUUUCAUUCAUGGAGCCCAUUAUAGGGCUAGCUCUUGGAGAAGUAGAUUGCCGCAUAAACUUCCAAAAUGAUGUGGAUGAUCUCAGAAAAAGAGUGGCAGAUCUAAAACGCAGAAGAAAUGAUAAAGUAGCAGAACUACUAACAGUGGAUGACUUGGAACAACAAGUUAAAGAAGAAGUGCAGGGAUGGCUUGAAGAUGCAAGGAAGGUCAUUGAAAUUGAAAUGCCAGAUAUUGAAGAACAGGUGCAGACUGUUUCAUACUUGUCACGUGGUAACCUUGGAAGACGUGUUCGUCAAAAGAUUCAAGAUGUGAGGGAAAUUUACGAUCGAGGUAGUUUCCCUGAAGGUCUUGUAAUUAAAAGGUCUCCACCUAUUGGAAUCCCUUUGCCAACAGAGAAUAUGGUGGGCGAGGUUAAUGUGAAGGAAAAAAUUUGGAAAUACUUAAUGGGUCACGAGGUUGGAAUUAUUGGAGUUUGUGGAAUUGGUGGAGUUGGCAAAACCACUGUUAUGAAACACAUCCAUAAUGAAUUACUGAUAUUGAAUAAGGCUAUUGGGUUUGAGAAGGUUGUCUGGGUUACAGUAUCACAUCCUCUUAAUGUUUUCAGAUUGCAAGAUGACAUUGCUAGGGCAAUGAACAUAAGUCUUUCAGAUUUGUGGGAUGAAUUGAGCCGGGCAUCAAGACUGAUGGAUGUUAUGAAAGAAGUUAAAUAUGCAUUGAUCUUAGAUGAUGUGUGGGAUAAAUUUACUCUUCACAGAAUUGGAAUCCCAAAACCAACAAUGGAAAAUGGGUGUAAAAUUGUUAUUACUAGCAGAUCGAUUGAUGUAUGCUACUACUUGAAAUCUCAGGUAGUUAAAGUGCCACCUCUACUAGAGCAAGAGUCUUUGAACUUGUUUUUAGAUAAGGUUGGGCAAGAUGUUCUACGAAUUCCCAAUUUGGAAGAGAUUUUGAAGCUUAUGGUGGCUGAAUGCGCUGGUUUGCCAUUGGCCAUUGUUGUCAUUGCGGGGAGCAUGAGAGGAGUACAAGAUAUUUUUGAGUGGAGAAAUGCAUUACGUGAAUUGCGUCAAUGCGUGGUGGACACAGAGAAAGAUUUAGAGGACGAGAUAUUUAAAUGUUUGAAGUUCAGUUAUGACCGUCUACCAAAUUCAAGCAUCCAAGAGUGUUUCUUAUAUUGCUCAUUGCAUCCAGAAGAUUGGAUGAUUAGAAGACGGGACCUAAUUGAAGACUGGAUUUGUGAGGGAAUUGUUGAAAAAUUAGGAAGCAGAAGAGAAAUGCAUGAUAAAGGAAAUGUUAUUUUAAAUAGGCUUUUAAACUGUUGUUUGUUAGAGGAAGCCAAUGAAAAGGCGUGUGUUAAGAUGCAUGAUGUUGUGAGGGACAUGGCAUUGCGCAUCAAGAGCACAGGUCCUGGUUGCUUUAUGGUAAAAGCUGGAAUGAGAUUGACAGAGAUACCAGAUGAGGAUGAAUGGAAUGAAGCUCUAGACAAGGUCUCCCUCAUGAACAAUGAAAUAUCAUAUAUCCCUCAAAAUAUGUCCCUCAAAUGCUCGAUGCUCUCAACCUUGACUUUGAAGGGUAAUAACAGAUUGAGAGAAAUUUCAGAGUGUUUUUUUGCUAACAUGCCCUUGCUGAAGUUUCUUGAUCUUUCUAAUACUGGCAUUGAGGUUCUACCUAAUUCCAUAUGUAACUUGGAAUAUCUCACUACACUAAUCCUCUGUGGAUGUGAGAGUUUAAAACGCAUGCCUUCCUUGUCAAAGCUUAAAGCACUGAAGAAGUUGGAUUUGGAUGGAGCAGGCCUUUGUGAGGCUCCUGAAGGCAUUGAAAUGUUAGAAAAUCUGCAAUAUCUUGAUUUAUCUUGUCCAAACCUAAGGGUGCUUCCAGAAGGAAAAAUCAGUAAGCUCUUCCGCCUCCAAUACCUACGUAAACAUCCGAUUUUUUCAACUGACAUAAGAGCAGAAGAAGUAGCAAGAUUGAAGAUGCUGGAAUGGUUUGAAGUUAGAUUUGUUUGGCUGAAAGACUUCAGUAGUUUUGUUAGCAAGUUGAACCUUUUUGGAGAACUCAAUCAUUACUUGAUCAAAUUGGGAGACAAAGGCAAAGAUAAGGAGGGGUAUUUUUGGGAGUUCAACAAUAAUGAUCUUCCUAAACAGGUAAAUUUAAUCGGAUACGAUAUAGAAGAAAAAGACGAGUUGGUCCUUCCGAAUGACCUUCAGGAUUUGAGGAUUAAACAUUGCUAUGCGGUCGAUGAUAUUUCUAUUUUUCAAAAAGAUUUUACUCAAUUGCGAACAUGUGCUUUGGAAGACUGCUUUGGGAUAGUGUGCGUGGUCUCUUUGUCAUCAUCUUCAUCUACUUCCUCGACAGUUAUGAAUAACCUUGAAGUACUAACUCUUGAGGGUUUGUAUGGCUUGCGGAAUGUUGUAAAAGUGGAAAAAACAAGAGCAUCGCUUGCACCGACAAUAUCCCUUCACAUCUUUUCCAAUCUUAAACAGCUAAGGGUAUGCAAUUGUUCAAAAUUGAAGAAGCUUUUUCCAUGUGAGCUGUUGCAGGGUCAGGGCCUCCAAAACUUGGAGCUGAUUGACAUGAAAAAUUGUUGCGAGAUAGAGGAAAUAAUAGGAUGGGAAGAAGAAGAGGAAGGAAAUCAAACAACUACUCCAAUAUUGAUCACUCUUCCAAAAUUAAGUGUAUUGGACUUGCAAUUCCUACCAGAAUUGAAGAGAAUCUGCCCCGAAAAAAGAGUAAUGGUUUGUGAAUCUCUCAAUAAGAUCAAAAUAUCGCACUGUCCGAAGGUAAAGAGGAUUCCCUUUUGUCUUGGAAGGGAAAACGCGCAACCAUCUCUUCCUGCUGUCAAAUCUAUCAAUAUUGACAAUCCGAAUCAAUGGUGGAACUCGUUGGAGUGGGAGAAUCCUGAUGAUAAGAUUGUCCUCCUACCUUUCCUCCGAUAUAGUAGGUAAGUCUCGUUAUAUCUCCCUUUUUCAAUCACUUGCAUUCCAUUCCUUCUCUCUCACUGGUAUUUCAUAAAUAAAUGUUUCUAUCUCUCAUUUCUGAAUGAAUCCAAGUGUUAAUCUCUGUUGAUUUGCUCAAUUAUCUAAUCUUGAUUGAUUCGCUAAUAAGAUGUUUGUCUCGCUAAUUCAUUUUUUGAUUAUUCACAGCUGCAACAAUUAUGUAUAUGUUACAUAUGACUCUGUUCCAGCAUUUACUUUCCCUUGACGAGUUUCAAUUAUUAAUUGACUAGUUUCUAAUGCGCAGCUCAGCUCAGGGAGCAAGAACUUGAAUGGAUUUCCUAAGUCAUCCGUUGAAUAUCAAUCUGGUCAAUCUGUGUCCACUUUCUGAUGCCCAGUCUAGGCUGCAUCUCUUACCAUCUCAAACCUAUUUCUUCAACUCAACAACAUAUACAGCUAAGGAAAAUAGAAAAAAAAUGGGACUUACACUCACUUCAAUCCAAUGCAAUCUCAGUUGUAAUUUGUUGUUUUGUACUAUGGAUAAACUUUGUUUAAUUAAUGCUUGUUUAAGUAAUAUUUGUUUUAUUUUGUGUUGUAAUAAGCAGUAAAACAGAUUUGAGAAA